UUAAUUGAUUAUAUUUUUAUUGAAAAAUAUUCACGAUCACAAAUGAGUAUAACAGGUAAAAACAUAAAGAAGCUGUUUGGUCAGGAUAACAGUACUCCUGAUAAGACCUAUCUGCAGAAUAAACAGGAUAUUCUUGAUGCGUACAGAAAGACAUUUCUGCCAAUCAACAACCAAUUCAGAGUCAAGGUUAUGAAGUGACAAUUGCUAAAAUUUGAGACAAAUCUUGACUAUCUUGAUGCCCAAAAAGAAGCAAGGAAGUGCUUCAAACCUUAUGCUGUCAGUAAGAGACAUACUGAUGCCAUCAUUGAUAAUAUCGAGUUUGAUUUUGUUCGCUGAAUGACCCACAUUCCAGAAAAGAAUAUUAAAUCCGGCAAAGUUGCUGGCCAUAAGAAGCAAUGAGUAGAACUUGUGAAGGAGCAGAUUCAGGAGAAAUAUAAGCUGAUUGAAAAGAUCACUCUGGGUUAUAUGAAAAACCUUGAUUAAGAAUGCUUCCCUAGAGACAUGAAGUUCCUUAUACCGGGAGGAUAUUUAGAUUCAAUA